CGUGACUUAUUCUAUACAAAGUGCUUCCGGUCUGAGCGUCUCUCAGAAAAGCAAAAUGGCGGCUCUCGGACGGCUCUCUCAGGCGCUGCUGCGGUCUUCUCUGACCCAGAGCCGGCGUCAACUCUCUGCUUCUGCUCACAAACACGGCGAGCAGUCAGCCCGGACCUGGAAGAUCCUCACCUUCGUGGUAGCACUGCCUGGUGUGGCAGUGUGCAUGUUGAACAUGUACCUGAAGGAGCAGAGUCACAGCCACGAGCGGCCCGAGUUUGUCCCUUACAGCCACCUUCGCAUUCGCAGCAAGCGUUUCCCCUGGGGUGAUGGCAACAAAACUCUCUUCCACAACCCACAUGUUAACGCCCUUCCCGACGGCUAUGAGGAUCAAGAUGAGUAAACCCUCCAUCCAGACCUCCUAACUGGCACCGGGACCAGUCCUCCUUCAUCAGCAUCUGUUACUGGACCACUCCUCAUUUACAGUUUACGCUCUAUCUUUGUUCCAUUUGUUUACCUCUGUGCUCUCGACACGGGGCACCUGAAACAACUGUUUAUUUGUUCUGGACCAUAAAACAAAAUGUCUGAUAAAAACUGAAUUACCAUUAAUAAAGUAAUUAUUAUUACCUCAA